ACGAAUAGCGCACCGGAGGCAUGAUCUAUCAUGACAACCAACAUGAGGGGGGCUAGAACUCAAUCUCCAAUGAAAAGGGCAAGGCCGCACCGCCGCCAGCACUGCCUCUUGAAGUACUGUGGAGGAGCUGGGCUGCAGCUCAGCGGGUCUUUGCCAACAGCACCCCGCCCAACCUCCAACAUGAUUACCGCUAUAAUAUCUAGUCAAAAUGCCAACGAUUCCAGAUGAUGUCCUUAGGCACAUCUAUACUUUACUCGACUACUCGACUCUUUUGAACUGUCGCUUUCUUAGUCGAGACUCCGCACUUCCAGCCACAGCACUUGCUUUCCGCCAUGUUCGACUCGAAACCAGCGGCGACGUCUUGCCCUUCAUCAAGAUCUCCAAGUCUGAGCACCUGCGCUGCUGGGUGCGCGAAGUCACAGUGGAUGCUUCGAGGCCGCCCCAGGCCUGGCAAUGCUCGGGCAGUGAGGAGGCACUGCUGCAGCAUGGACUCUUCAUUUUAACACUUCCUCGAUUGCGGCUCUUUUCAAGAAUGUUGGUUUUGAACGUCAGGCUCCAACUUGACCUACCCGAACGGUUCCCUCCUCCAGACAAUCUCGUACACGAGACAUCCGCGCUGCUCCCAUAUCAAAGCUUGCAGUCCAGGAUACUCGAUACAAUUUUCAAGUGCAUAAUUGGACGGUGGACCAAACUUGCUCAAAAGAACUGGCAAGAUUACUGGCUAGCGUGGUUCGACUCGAGGGCCAGUCUUUUUCAACCAGAAAAGGUACAGAGGCAUCGCUUGGUUGACGUCUUGGAGCCAAUGUCGUUCCCGGAUCAGUCAAUUCCUCUCACGACACUGACAUUAUCGAAUUUACCUGAUAUUGUCGAAGUCGAUCUCCAUUCGUCACAAAUAUUUCAAGAUUUCCUCAAUAGCCAGACUUUAACAGCACUCAAGAUUCUCGUCGCCGUUCGCGAAGAGGACAGGCUAGCCGUCGAGCCCUUCUUACAGCCAGAGAAAUUUGACUUGUUCGAGAAUUUUCCGUCUACGUGGCUUGCACCUCCACUCGCAUCAAAUCUCACCAACUUGUCCCUCUACUGCCACGGGUAUUUCGGAUGGGCACCAAAGUUAGACCUUCGCAGGGUUAUGGCUGGCCAUACACAUAGUUGCGCCUUUCCGAAUCUCAGAGUUCUGGCCCUUGGCAGGUAUGUACUGAGCCACGAAUGGCAAAUCACGUGGAUCGCCUCGCUGGGGGCAGAGAACGGGCAUGGCGGGCUCCAAGAGCUCUACCUCGACGACUGUCCCAUUAUAUGGCGAGGGCGCACGCGGGGACCAAUGGACGAGACCAUUGACACGCUCGGCAGUCUGAAGCUGGAUAAUCACGGGUACCCCAUCAGAGGAAUGUUGACCGGGGAAAGCUCCUUGGAUAAUAUUUGGGACAUGGCUACCAAGGACUUCGGCCUUCGUUGGAGUACUGUACUGGGCAGAUGGGCGCGAGAGAUGCAGUUCCUCAGAGCUUUCAGAAUGGGAAGUGGAGACUGGAGUGGAGAGAAUGCUGACUUGGUGGCCAUGGCGAGAACCAAGGAUCUCAAUGUGGACAUCAACCGCACGACAACAACAUACAAGGCUUGGAAGCGCCGCAGCUACGACACCGUGCACCUGAACUACGACAAGCCGUCCUUGCAUGAAUGCCUCCAGCUAAAUCGGGGCCCACCCGAGGAUGCUACCUCCCUGCUCCGACACGGCGUGG